AGGAGUCUGGGAGGUCACUGCUAAAAUUAGUCCGCUUCACCACUGAAGCCACUUUACGGGGCACAGAGCGCUGUGGUUUGGGGGACACGCGCACAGGCGCACGGGGUGGACCAGGAGGAGGACACUCGGGCCUUUACGCGCUGUGCGUAACGCUCCUCUGAUUUUUAAAGACGCCACAGAACGUGACGCUGCCGCAGAAAUGUCUUUUUUAACCAUCCCCAGUCAGGAAAACCUGUUCACCACCGUGAGAGGCAGAGCGGCGGAUGGAGCAGACAGAGUCCGCUCUGUGGACGCGGAGGAAGAGGACGAUGAUGAUGAAGAUGACACAGACGUGCGCCUCAUCCCGCGGUGCUCCCCGGUGCCCCGCAAGAGAGGCUCGUCCAUCGCAGAUGAGACAGAGGAGUACCUGCGCAUCCAGCGCGCCCUGAGCGAAGGGAAGAGAGUGUCCUUCGCGGACACCACGGGCCGGGACCUCGUGGACGUCAAAGAGUUUACAGCGUUUGACUCUGACGAAGAGGACGGCGGCAAAUGGGAGGAAGAGCAGGCGAAGUACAGACUGUCCCAGGGAGAGCCAGUGUUUCAUGUGCAGCCGGAGUUCAGCGUGCGCAGCGGCGGAGACCUGCUCCAGGCCGUGCGCAAAAACAAAGUGGAAGUGGAGAACAUCUCAGUGGUGGAGGACGAGCCUCUGGCCGUGAGUGGAGUCAUCCGGGUCCUGAACAUAUCCUUCAAUAAGGCGGUGUACGUCCGCUGCACGAUGGACAGCUGGAGCUCCUACUACGACCACCCCGCGGACUAUGUGCAGGGCUCCCACGACGGAGACACGGACCAGUUCUGCUUUAAACUGUGCUUUGCUUCACCUUACACCACCCACGGCUCGCGCAUGGAGUUUGUGGUCCGGUAUGAGACCUCAGAGGGCGACUACUGGGCCAAUAACUCCAACAUGAACUAUGUGCUGACACUGCUCCUGUCCUAUGAAGACAAGUCCUCAGAGACACACACGGAACUGAGGGACGUGAGGAGCAUCCUGAAGCCUCCAAAGACGCACAGGACAGAGAUAAACUUCGAAUCGGAGGACGAGCCAAACGACACAGAAGGAGAACAAGAGGAUUCCACUAGAUCUGGAUUAGUUCGGCCUGAAGCCAUUCGUCCUGUGGUCUUCCAGCCAGAGCUUGAUGUGGAGCUGACUGAGGUCCACUCGUCUCCCGCCGUCCCACACGACGACGGGACAGAAUCCACUCACUGUGAAACUGCACAGUCUCUGUGUCCCGUCCCCUCACUCCCUCAUGAGACACGUUUAGCCCAUGUCCUCCAGGCCAGUGCAGUGCUCCCCCCUCAUGAGUCUGAGCAGCCGGACCCGCCCGCCCCCGGCCCCCCUGAGCCCGAGCAGCCGGACCCCGGCCCGCCCGCCCCCGGCCCCCCUGAGCCCGAGCAGCCGGACCCCGGCCCGCCCGCCCCCGGCCCCCCUGAGCCCCAAGAGUCCACACGGAGCCCGAAGUGGUCCCAGGCCGAAGAGGAGGGAGCGGGAGAACAUCUCUGCAGCAGCUGCUCCUCUGCACAGCCCCAGGCUCCUCCUCAAACCUCUGGAGGUGAAAGUGGAGCGUCCGGACAGCAGGACUCAGACUGUGUGGACGUCCCUGAGCUGGACCCGGAAUCUGGAGCUGACCCGACCUGUGGAGCGGCCCCUGACCUGGCCCUUGGCCUGGCCCUUGGAGCUCCUGAGGACUGUGGAGCGGCCCCUGAGCCGCUCUCAGAGUGUGACCUGCUCCCAGACCGUCCUCUGGCUCCUUCAGAUGAGGUCCUCAGGAGCCUGAGGUCCUCCGUGGUCUCGGUGAGCGUCCUCGUGUCCUUGGUGGUUGUGCUGCAGGAGCCCGGCGCCCUGUUUGUCAUUGGACUCUUUCUGAUUUUGUGUCUUGUGUGA